AUGACCAGCACUCUCGAAGACGCCUUGGAGAAGGUCACCCUGGAGGACCGGGACUCUGAGGAGGAAGACGAGGAGGAGGAAGAGGACGACCAGCUCGAGGACAUCACGCCCUUCCGAUUCUUCGAUCUGCCAUCGGAGAUCCGUCUCAAGAUCUACAGCCUGGUGCUCUUUGGGUCGCGACGAAAGGCAGGACCGCGGCCCAACGGCAAUGUCGGCGCCUCGUCCAGGAACAAGCCCCUCGCACCGCUCUCCCACCGGCUGUCCCUCUUCCUCACGUCUCGCCGCGUCCACGACGAGGCCUCGCAGCUCUUCUACUCUGCACAGACCUUCCGCGUGUUCCCCAUCCAGGACUUCUCGCGGCUGCCCACCCUGGCCAGCCUGGCCCCUAGCUACCGUCCGUUGAUCACAACGGUGGAGUUGAUCCUCGGGUCCAGCUGGACGGCGCCGCCCAAGUCGUGGCGCGCCACCCGCCGGCUGGGACUGCAGCAGAUGGUGCGCGUCAGGACGCUGAAAGUGUUCGUCCAGUGCGAUCCAUCGCACCCGGUCUUUGAAGGAUUCCGCAUCUCCAGGGACUUCUACACGGAGUUUGCCGGUAAUCUGCUGCACCAGAUCCUCCAGCAGCUGCCGGGUCUGGUGCAAGUCGAGUUCGACGCCUGGCCGUCCGUGCAGAAGAACGGGCCUCUGAUGAGCCGGCUGCUGUCUGAAGUGCGGGCAGCAGGGAAAAAGAUCCUCUGGGGGCCCGAGAGGGGCUGGUCGGAUUUUGAUGACGACGAUGAUGGUAAUUAUGACUGUAAUGAGGACCAAAAUGUAGCCAGUCACCAGUCACUGGAUGACCAGCGCCCUGACACUGUCUUGUUGCCGCCGAUGAAUGCUUAA